CGGCCCACACUUGCAUCACUUGUGUUGUGAUGCUGAUGAUGCCGAUUGCGCCAAUGGCUUCGCCAAUGCAUCGUUGGCGUUUCUCCAAGGCUGCGAGCAGAUGAAGAAGGGGUAUGGGAAGGAAGGGAAGGAAGAAGAUGUGCAGGAUAGCAACGCCGCAAAGUCCAUUCCAGUUUCCUUGCUGAAGGUGAUGGCUGGCAGAACGUGGGCUUUCAGUGAUUUCGAGCUCUACGACACAGUAGGCAAAGGCACCUUCAGCCGUGUUCGAGUUGUAAAGAUGAAAGGGAACAUCGACAGGUCGCCAAUGGCUCUGAAGAUCCUCCGGAAAGGAGAUGUCAUUCGACUCAAGCAGGUGGAACAUGUGAAGGCAGAAAAACAGAUCAUGUCCAUGAUCGAACACCCUUUCAUCGUCAACCUGCUCGGCGCGUUUCAGGAUGACAAACGCUUGUUCAUGCUCCUGGAAUACAUCAAUGGAGGAGAAUUGUUCUCGUACUUGAGAAGGGAAGGUCGCCUUCCCAAUGAACACGUUCGAUUCUACACUGGGGAGAUUGUGCUGGCCUUUGGGUAUUUGCACAGCCUGCAUGUCGUGUAUCGUGACUUGAAACCCGAGAACGUGCUUCUAGACUGCGAAGGACACGUGAAGCUGACUGAUUUUGGCUUCGCCAAGGUGGUUGAAGAGAGGACCUGGACACUUUGUGGCACCCCCGAGUACCUGGCGCCAGAGAUCAUUCAAUCGAAAGGACAUGGAAAGGGAGUUGACUGGUGGGCCUUGGGCGUCCUGCUCUUUGAAAUGAUGGCAGGAUACCCUCCUUUCUAUGAAGAGAACCCGUUCGGCAUCUAUCAGAAGGUGCUGCAAGGCCGCCUAGACUUCCCACGCCAUUUCGAUGUGAAGGCGAAGGACCUGGUACGAAGACUGCUCGUCAACGAUAGGACGAAGCGGUUUGGAUGCCUCAAGGCAGGUGUUGAAGACAUCAAAAGGCACAAGUGGUACAAGGGUACGGACUGGGAUUUGUUGUUAGCCAGACGAGUUUCUCCACCCUUCAAACCUCCAGUGCAAAGCGCGGACGACACUUCCAUGUUUGAGAGGUAUCCAGAAAGCACUGAGGCCUCUGCCCCAUCAAUCUCAUCAAAGGAGCAAGAGAGCUUUCAAGAAUUUGACUCACCUCCAGUUGCCUGAGAGCAGUCUGCGAUAGUCUGCCAUGAGUGGAUGACCCCUUAGAAUCGCAUCACUUGUAGAAAGGGCAUAGCGACAUAAAAAGUGUGCAUGUUUUUUCAAUCCUGAAGGGAUUGAUCAUCUAGAUGGACGAUGUACAUAGCACCUGUAGAUUGGUGCACAAUGCUGAAUUUUGAGAGGAAAAAGAA